AUGGCGGGAGAGUCCAUGAGGCGCGAUCAGAACUUUUAUUGCCAAUACCACAAGGACCAUGGACAUAUCACGGAGAACUGUAGGAACCUCUGGAACUACCUAGACCAGCUAGUCCGAGAAAGAAAGUUGAAGCACCUUCUGCAUCAUUCCAGUGGUCAUCAAGGCCAGACCCAUCAGGAAGUCCUGAGGGAUACUGCCCUAAGACCACCUACAAGGACAAUCAAUGUAAUCGUGGCUGCACCAGGAAGAACAGGCACGCACCCUUCACGAGUGUUAUCAGUGGCUCAACUGCCUACCGAGGAGUCCCAGCCAGGGCCAAAGAGGGCCAGAAUGAACUUUCAUCCGGUCUUGGGUUUUUCAGAAAAUGACAAGAUCGGAACCAUCCAGCCCCACGACGAUAUGCUGUUGAUCACUCUUAGGAUCGAGGACUACGAUGUGAAAAAAGUGAUGGUGGAUGGCGGCAGUGCGGCCGAGGUUAUGUACCCCGACCUCUACAAGGGGUUGGGGUUAAAACCAGAAGAUUUGAUGCCCUAUAACUCUCCUCUAAUGAGUUAUAACGAGAAGCUUGUCAUUCCAAAGGGCAUGAUUAGGCUGCCCAUCCAGACCGGCCCAGAGAUAGAGGAGGUGAACUUUAUUGUGGUGGACACCUACUCUCCCUAUACGGCCAUCGUCGGUAGGCCCUGGCUCCACACCUUAGGGGUUGUUGCCUCCUCAUUGCAUCAGAAGGUGAAAUUUCCGUCAGAGGGCCAAGUUCUUGAAAUCCGUGGUUGCCAAUCCACAACAAGGCAGUGUGUGGUGGCUGCCAUCUCACAUCGGCACGAUGCGGAAUCCUCGACCUCCGCUGAAAAGAAUUUAUAA